AUUCCCGGCCAUGGGAUCCCAGCAGCAACCUUAUGCUGAUACAGCUCCAAUUUUCACCCAGGCAGAUGAUACUGAAGGUGAAGGAAAAGAUGAUCCUCAGCCAGGGCACAUAGGGGAAGAAGAAGUACGAGCCCUGACAGGGAUAUCCUCUCAACAUGCAGGCCUUAUUGUGGGUGUACUCUUUUUUAUUAAUCUACUGAACUACAUGGAUCGCUUCACUGUAGCUGGUGUUCUUCCUGACAUUGAGAGGUUUUUUGAUAUUGAUGAUAGCAAAUCAGGACUGCUACAGACAGUUUUUAUUAGCAGCUACAUGGUACUGGCGCCUAUUUUUGGUUACCUGGGUGAUCGUUACAAUCGCAAAUACCUGAUGUGUAUAGGAAUCGUCUUCUGGUCUAUUGUGACUCUAGGGAGCAGCUUCACCCCCAAGCAGUACUUCUGGAUGUUGCUACUUACACGAGGCCUAGUGGGUGUGGGAGAGGCUAGCUAUUCAACUAUUGCCCCCACCAUUAUUGCUGACCUGUACUUGGGUGACCAGAGAUCCCGCAUGCUUAGCAUCUUCUACUUUGCUAUACCUGUAGGCAGUGGACUGGGCUAUAUUGUAGGAUCAAAAGUGAAAGAUGUGGCUGAUGACUGGCACUGGGCCUUGCGGGUGACCCCAGGUUUGGGAGCAUUAGCUUUGAUAUUAUUGAUAACUGUGGUGCGUGAACCACCUCGAGGAGCUGUGGAGACCCACACUGAUGCCCCUCUUCAUUACACUUCAUGGACAGCUGAUUUGAGAGCCCUGAGCCACAACCGUAGCUUUGUGUUGUCAUCACUAGGAUUCACAGCUGUGGCAUUUGUAACAGGCUCUCUAGCAUUGUGGGCACCUGCAUUCCUGUACCGCUCACGGUUGGCCGCCGGAAAUCUCCCACCUUGCCCUAGUGGUAAGGUUUGUCAUGGAAACUCUGACAGCCUCAUCUUUGGUAUUAUCACUUGUGUGACUGGUGUCCUGGGUGUUACUGCUGGAGUGGAGAUUUCAAGACGCUGGCAGCGCACCAAUCCCCGUGCUGAUCCCCUGGUGUGUGCCAUUGGACUGCUUGGCUCUGCCCCCUUUCUGUUUCUGGCUGUCGUCUUUGCUCAGCAGAGCAUUGUUGCCACUUAUGUAUUUAUUUUUAAUGGUGAAACCCUCCUUUCCCUCAACUGGGCCAUAGUGGCAGACAUCCUUCUGUAUGUUGUCAUCCCUACUCGCCGUUCCACAGCUGAAGCUUUUCAGAUUCUGUUGUCCCAUCUUCUGGGUGAUGCAGGGAGCCCUUAUCUUAUUGGUUUGAUUAGUGACCGAAUCCAGAGCGAUCGCCCCGUUUCAUUGCUGUCACAGUUCCGAAGCCUGGAAUAUGCACUUAUGGUCUGCAGCUUUGUGGGCGUUAUCGGUGGAGGUUUCUUCCUAGCUACAGCUUGUUUCAUUCAGGCAGAUCGUAAACGGACAGAGCUGUAUGCACAAGGUCAGCUGCAAGAGUCUUUGGAAGGGGAGGACCGCAUUGUUGUUCCUCAGCAUGGGCGAUUAACAAAAGUUCCUGUCUCCAGUGUCCUUAUCUGAAGUCUCAUCUUCAUCCUGCUUCAGUUUUGGAAACUUGAACAGAUUUGUAUUUGGUAGUUGAGUAGACAGAGACAGAGAGACUCUCUUAAAGGCACCAAGGCAGGAUUAUGGACAACAGGAAAUGAAAUCACAUUUUUUUGCUGUGUACAUAGGACUUUUUUUAUAAAUCACAAACACUAUUCACAUUUCUCAGAUGAAUGAGGAUGAAAUGGCAAAAACUCAUCUCCUACUUCCUUUUACUUGGAUGGUUUU